UGUCCUCUCUCGCCGACCCCGCGGGGAUUUCGCGGGGAGGGAGACCUAGCCUCGAACCGGACGAGCUUUCGCGAGAACAACUCGCCAUUCAAGAUGGCGACGUCCGUGGUGUCCGCAGUUUCUAUUUCGCAGCGGGCGGCUGCUUUUUUGCCCUGUGUACGACAUUGCGCUUCAAGGCCAGCGGCGGCAGUUUUCGCGCUCCAGUCAAAAGUUCGCUUCUACAGCGACGACCGCUCGUCCUCCACAAACCGUCUCACGGAGCAGCAAACCAAUGCAUACGAUAAGUGGAUCCUGGCUAUUUACAAGAAGUAUCCAAAAGGGCAAGUUCCAGACUUGGUUCCGGCUGCUGUCAUCGAGAAGACGCGCAACAAGGCGCGUAUCCAUUUGAACCUGAUUCUGGCCGCCUUAACGCUCGUGGGUGCCUUCUUGGCUGCUUCGUCGGGACGCCGGCGACGCGAGCGCGGCGAAAGCCUUACCCAGAUGAACCUGGAUUGGCACGAAAAGCAGAAAGGCUCGUAACUGGCAGGGAAAUAGUUUUUAUUCUCCUCCCCGAGGCUCUAUGUACACAGGGGUGGCGGUGCCCCGGGCAAAUAAAUACAGUUUGUUUUCUCUU